GGAAGAAGUUUGUCGGAGCUGUUUUAGUGCGGGACUCUCCAGGUCAAGUGGCUGAAAAUUGGAAAGGUGCUGCAGUAUAGGCAUAAUGGAGCCACAGUGCAAAAAGCAAAAAACAAGCGUACUUAGCACAUUUACUUGGGAGGUGACGCCUGUCCUUUCAGAUGAAAAGUUAUGUGAAGUUGAACUUCUGGAAGCAUUUGCAGCCCCUAUUAUCAAUAAAAAACAAACAUCUUGUCUUAUCAAACAAUUGACUUGUCUCUAUCCACUGAACAACCUUCCACAUAUCAAGAGAGUACGAAACUGCAGGGACAAGAGUGAGCAUCCUUUGGAAAUCAUCAUUUGCUUACUCCAGGAUAUACCAAAUAGAGAAGUAUCUCUCAAUGACCUUUUUCCUGAAGGAAAGGCUGAUGGACUUGGAGAACCUUUUCGGGUCAGAAUACCAGCAUACCAACCAUUGACUAGAUCUCAAUUUGAAGUAGCUAGCCAGCACUGGCCAACAACUUUUCGUGAAAACAAACAAGUGACUGAUGCCCUCCAAGGUCACCUUUUUAACACUGAAGAGAAAGCAAAAAUGCAGACAUUUAUGGAAAAAGCUAUUGAAGCAGCUACUGUUGGAAAGAAAAUGGGAAUGGAGCCAGUCGGUGCUGUGAUUGUUAACCCAGCCACUGAUGAGGUGGUUGCAGUAGGUCAUGAUUGCAGAAAUGGACCAAAUCCACUACUCCAUGCAGUUAUGGUGUGUAUUGAUCUAGUCGCCUACAGUCAAGGUGGUGGUGCUUUUAAUCAUAACAAAUAUCAUAACUGUUGUUUUAAGGCAGUGGAAUCCUUUCCUGGUGAACAUGCAAUCAACAUUGGUAAACCUUUGCUUCCUUCAAACGAUCAUAGUCUCAGAGGAAAUAUUGUAAAUGUGUUGCCCUACAUAUGCACUGGUUAUGACCUGUAUGUUUCAAGAGAACCAUGUGUAAUGUGUGCAAUGGCAUUGGUCCAUUCCAGAAUACGCAGAGUGUUUUAUGCAACAUCAUUUCCUGAUGGAGCAUUGGGCACUAAAUACAAAAUACACACAAAAAAGGAUCUUAAUCACCAUUAUGAUGUUUUUAAAGGAUUGAUGGAAGAUGAAUGUCAGUUUCUUUUGUCUUAGUUUUACACAGCCAUUUGCUCAUGGAAAAAAAUUAUUUUUUUCGGUAUAUGAGUUUUUAAAAUGCAUUCCAUUUUACAUAAUAUUAAUUCUAAUGGAGUACCAA